GGCCACUUCCACGCCGCUAUUGGUCUGAAAAUCACAUGACAUGUCUCCCAGCAUCCAUAAUUAUGUUCCUGAUAUUUUUGCACCCCCCUCCAAAAGAUGUCAGCAUCCUACUGUCCUGAUUCUCCUGCAGGAAUCCCGAAUAGUUCAGACCCGCUGAACACGCAAAACCAUCCUUGUGGUACCAAAUGCCAAAAUGUCAUGUCCGAAUAAUAUAGCGCCCGGAAACUUCCUCAUGGAUUCCAUAAUGGGAGGAUCGUCUUCCUUCAGGGGUGACGGUUAUUCCAGCAACCCCGGAAUGUACAUCCACACAGCAGCAGAGUACGGAUACUCAGUGAUGAGAAACAUGGGGAAGGUCGGACCGUCUUCACUCUCCAAAAGAGACGAGCUUCCUCCGGCCGGGGAGCCUCUCAGCGGCUACCAGGAUGCGUCCUACCUGUCUGCACAGCUGCCCACAUGGACUCCAGGCUCCAAACCCGGCAGGGACCAACAACCUGUUGCCCAGUGUUUACAACCCUGCUCGUUUCCAGCGGGCAACGUCAAAGAGGAGGCGUUUUGUUGCCUCUAUCAGGAUGACAGCAAUAACGGGAAACAGCAGACAACAGAGUCAGCCACAUACAUCCGGCUGGGAGACAAUAGCCGCCGGCCUGAGCGGACCUCCGCUUCGUCCAGUGGCUGUUUCCAGGUGUUCAGCAGCGCAGAGAGGCCACAGCGGGACGAGCAGCAGCCGUUCCCCUCCGGCUUCUCCCUCACACACUUGGAGACAUCUGUUGAGUCAGCAUCAGAGACGACAAUACGUUUCAGCAAAAAAACAGCGAGAGAGGUUUCAGAGGCAGAUGAGUGUCAGAGCAGGAAGGAGGAGAAGGCCAAGAGUGACAGCUGCUCAGAUAACUCGGACGGGGAAUCAAAAGAUGAUUUAUCCGCGGAAAAGACGACGGGAAGCUGGUUAAAAGCCAAAAGUGGAAGGAAGAAGCGCUGUCCCUACACAAAGCACCAGACGCUGGAGCUGGAGAAGGAGUUCUUGUUCAACAUGUAUCUGUCUCGGGAGCGCCGCCUGGAGAUCAGCCGGAGUAUCAACCUGACCGACAGACAGGUCAAGAUCUGGUUCCAAAACAGACGCAUGAAGCUCAAGAAGCUCAACAGGGAGUGCCGAGAGAGGGAGCACGGUGCAGUUUAUAACUAUCCCUGAAGAGAUUUCUAUUUAUGCAUUCACACUCACAUUUACACUUAGUUAGACACACGCACACACGCACACACACACACACACACACACACACACACACACACACACACACACACACACACACACACACACACACACACACACACACAAAACAGACACACAGCAUGUCAACUUAGAAUGCAUUCAAUCAUAUUUCUCUUUAUACACACACACACACUGUGCCUUCCUAUUUGAACCCUAAAAACUGCAGACUAGACGUGAUUUUCACUCGAACAUUUCUGCACAAUUGGAACAGUGAGGUGCUAUUACCUUGUAUUAAUUAUUGUAAUAUAACGUGAUCCUUAAAAAAAAGGAGUAAUCUAUAAAUAACUCUUGGCAUGGAAGCAGUUUCACUUUUGCUGGGCUGUAAUUAAUGUUUUGCAGCUUCUUCCUUGGUGUCUUGCUGUGGCAUACGUGCAGUGUAGUGUGCAUGAAGCUAUGAUUCCAAAACAAUGAAAGGAGGGGGAAACAAAAGGUAUUACCAACUU